CUGCCGUGGGUUCUCAGAGUAGAAGCAGGGACUAUUUGCUGCAGAACUCGAUGUGCCUCCCUUCUACACUGUUGCCAGAUUGAAAGAUUUAAAGGAGAUAGACUCGCUAAAGACAAUCUACCUAACGUAAGUGCAAAUCCAGAUAAGCAUGGUUAUGAUUACGUGUGUAAAGAAAGUAUAAGUCAAUCUACUCCCGAACAGUCGUGCUCAAAUUUGAUUAAACGUGAAGAAAAUGGAACAUUUCCUGUCAUUUCGAUCACGUUCAAUUUAGACGAAUCCCCGGAAAUUGAAGAAUUUCCCGAGGACUCAUUUCGUGACACGAUUGCCAAUGCUCUACGAGUCAGCCCGCCUGAGAGCUUUCUCGUCUACUUUUCCCUCAUAAAAAAAAUAUUCCUGCCCAUGAAAUACGACGUGUCAGUGUUUGUUGAUGCCGAGUCAGCAGCUGCUCGUAUGAAAGCAAUGGGUCAUCUAAGCCAAAUUGCCGAUCUACAAGUCGAUUCUAUUGAAUUUACGAGAAACGUUAUUGAGCUCGAAUAUCAACCGGAUAACUCGACACUAAUUCUGCAAGCCAUCGUCGUUGUAGUUUCGAUCGCUUUGAUGAUGUUGGUCGGCAUAUGGGCAACAUGCCAUCAUUGUGAUUAUUCAGAUGAUCUGCAGAAAGUCUGA